CACAAAUUUGAGCGCUGGCUCGUUAGAUCAGUUAGCAUCAUCAGUUGAGCGCAUCAGUUGUUAUUUGUAGUUAAUGCUGUUCACAAUGAGAACGCUUCAAAUCAGCAAGUUGACCCAAUUUCUAUGCUUGGUCAGCAUAUUUUUGCUCUGUCUUGGUCAAUUAACACACGCGGUGGUGACCACAGCCAAGCCCAAGGCAUUAACACAGCCACAGCUAACAACAGCAAGCAGCAGCACCGCUAGAGCUAACAGCCCCACCAGCAGCACCACCACCACAGCCAAGCCCAAGCAAAAAAGCCAAGAUGCCAAGUGCCUGCAGCCUUUGGAAACGGGUCCUUGUCGCAUGAGCCUGGAAAGAUAUUAUUACAAUAAGGAUAAGAAUGCAUGCGAGACUUUCAAAUACGGCGGCUGCCGUGGCAACGACAAUCGCUGGGGCUUUAAGCAGACCUGCGAGGAGGCGUGUCUGGUUAAAAAAUAAUAAACAAAUAUAUGAAAAUAAAAAUUAUAACAUGUUGUGCUAAUAAGUAACGUUUAAAUAACAAAUUAAAUUCAAUGA